UCCUAUGAAAGAAAAUAAUGCCCAGGACAAUUUGCAGGCAGAUGAAUUAAGUGUAGAAGAAGGCAUUAGUUUGCAGCUUUUGAUUUUUGAACAAUUCUGAUCAUUGUCCCGGGAGCUGAACAAGAAAGAUAAGCAUGAAAGCUUUUCUACCAUCCGCCAUUUUCCUGAUUUCAGUCGUAUCUGUUUUUACACUGGUGUUCCAAAUUUUACUACUUCUGCAGAGGAAUAAUCAUACGGGUUUCAAUUUUUUGAACACGUCAGAAUCAUGUGUCCAAAAUUCUUAUAAGGAAACUUACAACGAUUAUCUAGAUAAGCCAUCAGUGGAUCUGACCAAGCUUCAAAGAAAAUGGAGAGACGACGCCCAAAUAUUCAAGAACGCCAGCAACCAAAAAAGGUUUUUAACAAUUGGUAUACCCACCGUUAAACGAGGGAAGGACGAAUACAUUCUGAACACCGUCCAGUCCAUUGUAAACUGUACCACAGAGAAGGAACUCGCCGAAAUCUAUAUCGUAGUUUUCUUGGCCGAUUUUGAUGCAAAAUGGAAGGAGGGAAUUAGUCGGCAAUUGCGUGAAAUGUUUGAAAAGAUCAUUUCGCUGGGAACUCUACAUGUGAUUCAGGCAUGGGAGUCAUUCUAUCCGCAGUUAGAUAAUCUGACACAUACAUUUGAGGAUCCAAAAAUAAAAAAGAAAUGGCGUGCGAAACAAAACGUGGAUUAUGCGUUUUUGUUUUUGUAUAGCGAGACUCUAGCACAGUAUUAUAUUCAAAUGGAGGAUGAUAUUUAUACCAUACCGGGAUACUUACAAGCCAUAAAAGACUAUAUUUCAAAAUUUAAGGAACAUUGGGUCUGUUUAGAGUUCUCUGAGCUUGGUUUUAUAGGUAAACUCUACCACUCUUAUGAUAUAAACAAACUGGCAAAAAUGGUGCUUUUGUUUUAUGCACAACAACCGUGUGAUGUGACGUAUUUGAAUUUCAAUACACAGAUGUUGCAAUUUAAGAGACACAUAAGCCGACCGACCAUAUUUGAACACGUAGGAUACCAUUCUUCACUGCCAGGAAAAGUGCAACCUUUAAAAGACCGUUUCUUCCAAUCAUAUCCCAAAACAUUGAAAGGGGACAACCCCCCCGCCAGUGUUUAUACGAGCAUGCCUUUUGAAGGGUAUUUUAACCCUGAUAACUGCUAUAGUAGAGAAAAUGGUAUUUUCUGGAGCACUAGAUCUGGCAAAGCUAACGAUUGGUUCACAGUAGCAUUCAGUGUACCACAAAUGGUAAACAAAAUAGAGAUAGAUACAGGAUUGCAUAUUUACCCACAAGAUAAAAUCCACCACGCAAAGCUUGAAGCAAGUUUAGCUUCCCAGGCUAAAGGACCGGGAAAACCAGAGUGUAGUUCGAACAAACUGCUGGGGUAUUUCGAUGAUGGUAAUAUAAAAGUAGACAAUGUUCAAUCUAUUACUGGUCAUCGGAGAAUACACUGUCUGAGUAUCAUUCUGACCAACAAACAAGAGACGUGGGUGAUAGUGAGAGAAAUAGCAGUAUUUGUAGUCCAUAAAUGACAAAGGCAUGUUUUAAAGA